AUGUCUUCACCAGCUUUGAAAGUUCUCGUCGUUGGCGCCGGGAUUGGCGGUCUGUCAGCUGCCAUUGCGCUGCGGCAGCAAGGCCACGAGGUCGAGGUCCUCGAACGCUCCCGGCUCGCCCGCGAAGUCGGCGCGGCGGUGCACCUGGCGCCCAACGCCACGGCGCUGCUCAACGGGCUCUCCAUCUUCCCGGAGACGUUCGAAGGCACCGAGUACAGCGGGAUGGCGGUGCGCGACGGGCCGCGGGCGGAGAUGCUGGUGCGCAUCGCCGUCGACCCGGCCGAGCGCGCGGGCUGGCAGGCCCGCUACUGGCUCAGCCACCGCGUCGACCUGCACGCCGCACUCAAGCGGCGCGCGGCCGACGUCGGCGUCGUGCUGCACACCGGCUGCCCCGUCGAGGAGGUGGACUGCGCGGCGGCGAGCGUGCGGUUGGCGGGCACGGGCGAGGUGAGGACGGCGGAUGUGGUCGUCGCGGCUGAUGGCGUGCAUUCGGUGGCGAGGGAGGCGGUCGUGGGAAGGCAUGUUGAGACGAAGACGUCGGGGAAGUGCUGCUACAGGUGGCUGAUGCCGUACGAGGCGCUGGCGGAGGACAAGGAGUUGCACCUGUUUACCGAGGAGCCGGGCGUGUUGACGGAGCUGGUGGGUGCGGAUCGCCGUAUCGUCUUCUACCCGUGUUCGGGAGGGAAGCUGAUGAACUGCGCGGCAUUUGUGCCGGUGGGAGAGGUGGGCGAGAUUCAACCAGGUUGGAAUCAAUCUGGCAACAAGGACAAGCUGCUCAGCUCGUUCGCCAGCUUUGCGCCUUCGGUAAAGAAGAUGCUGGAGAAGGUACCUGAUGGAACAGUGGCGGUUUGGGAUCUGUUGGAUAUGGAAGUCCUCCCCACUUGGAUCAAUGGACGCGUGGCGUUGAUCGGUGAUGCAGCGCAUCCUUUCCUUCCUUAUAUGGGCCAAGGCGCUGCCCAGGCAAUUGAGGAUGGUGUCGCGUUGGCCGCUCUGCUGCCUUUGGGAACGACGGUGCAGGACAUUCCUCGCCGCCUGCAGCUAUACGAGCAGUGUAGGAAGGAGAGGGUCGACUGGGUUCAAGAGACCACUCGCUGCAGAGGAAAAGAUGGUUCGCGCCGCGAAUUCAGUGAAAUCAAGGCGGUGAUGAGUCGUUGCACCGAGCAUAACGCUCAGAAGAACGCUCUUGGGGUCCUCCAGCUAGCCACGAAAGGACAGGAGCAGUACCGUGUUGAGGCAAGGAUUUGA